AUGGUGAAAAACUCCUAUGUAUUAUUCGCUCGUUUAUGCGUAGAGCUUCCCCCUCUUCCAUCAGAUGAAUCUCACGGCGAAAUUACAACUGUAGAGAGACAGUUUUUGCGUAAUUGUCAAAUGGAGCUUGAAAACUUGUCCCUCAAAACAGAGCUACCACUUGUUUAUGUUGAUGAAUCAAAAUAUUGGAGAUUCAUCAAAACUGUUAGGGUUUUGGCUGAGGUUUUUAACAAUAUGAAGACUACUCGAACAACACGGAAAAGUAUCAUUCAGGUGCUUAUGAAUCCCAUCUUACCAUCUGAGAGAAGCACCGAUGCAAUGAAUUUAUUUCUGUCCACCAUUGAAAAACUAGCUGACUUGCAGUUUUCUGAUGAAGAUUUCAAUCAGCUUUUUGUAAGUUCUCGGCUUGAUUUACAGUUGGAGAAUAAGUACAAUGACAAAGUCGAAGUGAAGCUUAGGAAAGAAGCAGAAGAUGCACUUGCUAGAAAAAUUAAGGAAGUAGUAGAUUUGACGGAACGGUUACUUCAAGUCGAAGCCUUGGAGCACAAACAUAAAGCAAAGUUGCAGCUUAGGACAGAAACUGAAACCGCGGUAGCCAUAGAACGUGAUUAUAUGCGUUGGAAGGCUGAAAUUUUCGAGAGCGAAUUCAACAAUCAAUUGGUACUCAGGAGAGAAUCAGAAAUUGCACUUGAUAAAGAAAGGAAAGAGCUGGAGGGUAUUAAAAAUCUGCUUGAAACUUGUUUCACAGGACAAAAGAACCUGAAAUCGCAGGUGAUAACAUGGAAAGACAAGUACGACCAAGGGUCAAGUAUUAGGAAAGAAAAAGAGGUUGCUCUUUCUACUAAGAAACUAGAACUCGAGAUUUUCAAACAGCUAGCCGGAUCGUACAAACAAGAUGCAGAUGCGAUGCGACAAGAGAGAGACAAUGCUCUCAAAACAGUACAAGAGAUAGUGGACGAGCAACAACCUCCACCAUCAUUUAUCUGCCCUAUCACACAGGAUGUCAUGAAAAAUCCACACAUGGCUGCUGAUGGAUUCACAUACGAAUUAGAAGCUAUUCAAAAAUGGAUUAACACAGGUCACAGGACGUCGCCGAUGACUAAUCUCAAACUUUCACAUUUCAGCUUUUUCCCUAACCGAGCUCUCCGCUCUGCAAUUGAGGAGUUGGGACGUUGA